AAACACCGUAUUAGUAUGGUGUUCCUAAUAAUCCUUUAGGUGAGUGUAUGUCUAAUGGGCAAAAUCAGCCAGUGGCUUCGCGCAUGUCUGGACGCUGAGGGAUGAACGUAUUCUGCUCGGACUGCAGCUGGGCGGGGCUUCUGCGCGACGGCUGGCCGCCUGUGAGUGCUUUGGGAUGGGAGAGGAGCCCACGGCAGCACCCACUGCUCGAGCGGCUGGUGGUGACGGGUGCAGAUGAGCCUGUCUAUGCACAUGCUGGAGAGGAUGUGACACUCAGCUGCUCUGUGGACACCCAUGUAAAUGUGACAGAGCUUCAAGUGAAAUGGAUAAAGACAGAUGAUGACGGUGACAUCUUAGUGCUUCUGUAUAAUGAUGGAGAGAACAGACCAGAGUUACAGGAUGGGAGAUACUCUGGAAGAGCUGAAUUCUUCACAGAGGGAAUUCCCAAAGGAAACUUCUCAAUGAAACUGAGGAAAGUCAGAACUGAAGACAAAGGAGAGUUCAUGUGUGAAGUCCACUCAGAUACUGAUUCUGCCAGUACAACUGCCAGGAUAGCAGCACUGGGUUACUCAUCCCUGCAUUGGCUGAUUCUGGGGCUGUGCAUUGCUGUCACACCUGUAGUCCUACUUACUGGUGCUUUAUCUGUCAGGAAUUUAAGGGAAGAUAAAAGCAAACAGGAUCUGUUGAGUCACUGUUCACAUGUCACAGUUCCACCAAUCAUGGUUUCUACAGCAUUCAUUCUGUGGGGUGUUACUGAAGGAUCCACAGAAGAGGCUGUUACUUGUACUACCAUCAGUCUGCUGUAUAUCCUGGUGCUGUUUAAUAUGACUCCAUAUCGGAAUUUAUUCACAGUUACACGGCAGAAUAUUAUAGUCCUCACUCUGAGAACUGCAUUUCCCAUCAUUAUGGUUGGUGUCCUAACAGGUUCUGCCUUUGAGUUUUUAACAAGAUAUUCCCCAGCUCCAGCUGAGAAAGCAACAUUUGGAGGAAUUUUUGGUGGAAUCAUAUUUAUUUUUAUCUUUUUUCUUAUAUUCCGAAUCAUUGGUGUUGUGGUUUCAAUAAAAUAUUCUGAAGAGAGAGAAAAAAGAAAGAAAAUACAUGAAUGUGUAGCAGGAGUAACUGGAGCUGCCUUUCUGAUGAUCAUGGUUUCAUCCAUAAUUGCUGUCAGUGUUUUUCUGGCAAAAUGUUCUGAUGUGCGGAAGCAACAACUUGGAACAUCUUUAUUAAUGUUUCUGAUCCUCUUGGUUUUAUUCCCAGUUGGUUUUGGUGUGUUUUGGAUAAUACGCUCCAGAAGGAUGGGAAGAACAGUACGACUUAGAGAUAUUCUUAUAAUCAUGCGCUACUUCCUAUAUCGUCAUAGAUUGUUUGACAUGCUGAUGCUUGCUAUUUAUUACCAACUACUUGCCUGGAAUAGCAACACAUUUAAAUUAGAAUAUUUGAUUCCAGUUGUAGUAGCUGCUUUGGGAAUGUGUGCCUGCAUAUAUAGCAGGGAUUAUUUUUUGAUUUAUGAAGAUAAUCUCUUGAAGGGAUUUUACUAUUUUGCUCAGAAAAUCCUUCUGGGAAUUUUUUUCAUGCUUCACCUAAUAUUAAGUUUCCUGUAUCUAAGUCUGAUUCUAGAAAAUGACAAAGGACGACCUGUAAAGAUCUGCGAGUCUGUGUUCAUCUACAUUCUGACUGUCACAUUGCUCUUUCUAUUUUGGGAGCGGGAACAUUUACUUGCCAAGCCCCGUAAAUAUGUAUAUUUCUCAGGGACUUUUGGUCUCCCUUUCCUGAAUUCUGUUGCCUUGGCUGUAGCAUUAAAACUCAAAGCAGACACAGGAAAACAGCCAUUGGAUCUACGGCUGAUUGUCCUGAUUUCUGGGUCUGUCUUCCUCUUUGGCUGGUUUGUUAUAGAGAUGCUUGCAUACUGUUUGGACAAAAAAGGAAAAUCCUUGGAAAGCAUCCGACAUACACCAGGUCAGGUUAGGUCAGGUUGGGGAGCAGCGCAAUGCCUCAUCCACCACAUGGAGAAACUCCUCGGGAUCCCGGUCAGCAGUCCCCCAGGCAGACAGACAGUCCAGUCCCACCCUCCGGAAAUGGCCAUCCAGCUGCCUCAGCCAGGUGUUAAAUGGGCAUCCCCUUAGCCUGGUCCAGCUGCUUGAGUCUUCAGCAAUGAGGAUCCUGUGAGCCAGAUCACCCUCAGGGAAACGUGCCAUAUGGCCGUAGUGCCGUAACUGAUGCUUCCUCACAAUGCAGGUAAUGUGCCUUAUUUGGGACUCCUCUAUCUGGUUGCCAAGGAUUCUCAGAAGAGACACGGUACCAAAGGAGUCCAGUCUUCGUCUUAGCUCACUGGAUAGCAUCCAUGUCUCACAGCCAUACAGCAAGACAGGGAGCACCAGGACUCUAAAGACUUGGGCCUUUGUCCUCUUGCAAAGAUAUCGGGAGCGUCACACACCCCUUUCCAGGCACCUCAUAAGCCCCCAUGCUCUUCUAAUCCAUCUGCUGACUUCAUAGGAAGAGUCACCAGAGACAUGAAUGUCGCUGCCGAGAGCCCCUUCACAGCCGUCCUUCUCAGUUCCCAAGAACUGGAGACUGGAUUUGCCAUCAAGUCGUGUGCUGUGACUCCUCUCGAUAAUAUCCAGGGUGCCCUGCAAGAUGAAACACCUCCUUCUGGGAACCCCGGCAGCACCAACACAACCCUCAGCAACUUCAG